AAAGACGAAAAUAGAUCCUUUCCUUUCGUUUCUGGGUUUCUUGCAAUUUCUGAAGAUGCAGGCAAGUGACAGGUUCAAUAUCAAUUCCCAACUCGAACAUCUUCAAGCUAAGUAUGUCGGAACGGGACAUGCCGAUUUGAACAGAUUUGAACAUUCAACGCGAUAGCUACGCUUCGUAUGUUGGGCAUGACGCAUUAUUGGCUUUCUUUGCUGUAGCCGAGAAUGAAUCAAUUGGAAGAGAACGCUACAACUUCAUGCAGAAAAUGCUUUUGCCUUGUGGUCUGCCUCCUGAAAGAGAAGAUGACUGAGAAUUGCCAGUCUAGCAGAAGUUGAGCGGAAUGUUCUGAAUGCCAACUUCCAGGACUCUUCAGGCUGGAGUGUUGCUAAGUACAACAACUACCUACAUUUCUGUUUUAAAGUAAGAACUUAUGUACCACUUCUUAUUUUUUAGGCCAUACUUUAUGCCUUUGUGGACCUUUAAUAAAUCUGUUGAAAAUUGACUUGCAACUUUGUAGUCUGAUUGGCGUUUCCUAGUGUUGUUUUAUAUAAGAUUCAAAUUAUGUGGAAGCUUGGAAAUUUAGAUUUUAGAGCAAAUGCAGUUUCUUGAUUUGCUAGUUUAGUCCUUGUGAUCCUAGCCAUUGAGUCUGCACA